GCUCUGAUGAAGAAGAAGAAGAUGAUGGCGAGACUGCUGGAGGAUAUUUACACACCUACGUGACGGCGAGAGAUCUACGAUUACUCUAUCUUGAUGGCGAGUCGGGAAUGAGGGGUCAUGCGCUCGAUGCGCAAGAUCGGAUUUUAUUCAAUGAUACUAUAGGUAGUGAGUCUCGGAUGAUGCGAGAGACAGGGAUUGGUGGACCGCCCGACGAACAGGAACGUGCGAUCCUGGCUUGUAAAAUGGCGAAGGAGGUCUGGAAUGAUCGCAUUGAUGGGCUGAUUCGUACUGAGGCUGACUUUGAGAUUAUCCUUUGCAACUUCGAACGGGAUUUGGAAGUUGAGUAUAUUACUCGCACGAUGCCGCAGAAAGGUCGCGAACAUCGAGGGAAGUCAUCGAGAGAAAAGGAAUGGCGGCAGAAGGAUCAUGGAGACGAAGAAGAGCGCGAACAGCAAGGGAAGUUAUGUCAAGAGAAGGAAUGGCAGCAAAACGAUCACGGACGGGGAGAAGGCAAAGGGCAUCGAGAAGAGAAGCAGCAACAGCAACGAAAGCAUAAAUUCGAUACCCCGUCAUCAGACCGCGAGCAUCAAGGGAAGUUCUCUCGAGAAAAGCAUGGACAGCAAAUGGAUCACAGAAAGGCAGAAGACCCCGAACGCAGACACGGUCCCAAGCACAAGGACCACAGAAGGGAAGGACGACCGCGCUACAACGACCUUGCAGGCCAUCGAGUGAUUAUCGAUUUCGAACACUUCGUCACUGCAUACACUUAUGACCUGGACCUAUUUCCCAAUAACUCUACCCUACCACGUCUAGACCAUCUCUCGACGGAAGAACUGCAGCCGAUCAGGGAAGAUAUCACCCACAUGAUCCUAACGCGAGAUCCAUCGCGUCAUGCAUUUGAUUGGCAAUCCGUAGUCGAUAUGAUCAUGGCGGAGUACUCUGAGGAGUUACGCAGACUGGCCAGGGGCCACUUUCCGUCCGUGACGGCUCUGCGCGAGGAGCUGGAACGCAAGCUCGAGCCUUUUAUUGAUUAUAGUGAUAUUGGUGAUUGGGAGUCUGUUACUUAUCGUUGUCAGGAACGCUUUAUUCCGAAACAUGUCGCCAAUGAUACCGUUGUGGUGCGUGCUGUUCGAGAUAUUUCGCGUGAGAUCUGCUCUGCCAUGACUUCCGUAUUAGCGGAUUCUGAAAUCGAUAUGGAAACUGCCGGCGGGGUUUUCCAGCAGUUGGUCCAAUACUUAGCAUGGCCGGCUGAGAGACAUGGGCCGCGAUAAAUAGUGGUCAGUAGAUAGAUCCGUUCGUGGACUUACCGAUGAUGUGUGAUUUAUUGAAUGGGCGGAAGGAUAGAUAA